ACUAGCUAUACGUUCUAGCAUCAAGUUCACGUCUUGUCUUUGCCGGUGAGCCAGCUACGGCAGAACCGCAGAUAGAGCGAUCGCCAUGAGCGACCAGGCACAGCCAGUCCGCCCCGGCGACGUGUACCCGCCCUAUGCCGCCGGCCAGCAGGAGGCACGCCGCCAGCGCGACGAGGUCCUCGCUCGUGAUCGGCAGCAGCAUGAUGACAGCCUCCGGGUCACCGAGACCGACCAGCACGAUGGGAGGCGCGUCGUCACCGCCACAGCCGCCGGCCAGGUGAUGGCGCAGUUCACGGUGCCGGCACCGGGCCCGACCGGAGCCAUCGGGAAGGCGACGGACGCGGUGACCAUCGGCGAGGCGCUGCAGGCCGCGGCGGGUGACGCGCCCGUGGACCUGGCGGACGCGGCGGCGGUGCAGGCGGCCGAGACGCGCGCCACGGGGCUGGGCCGUGUCGUCCCGGGAGGCGUGGCAGCGGCGGCACAGAAGGCCGCCGAGACGAACAUGAGGCUCGAUGCCGGCGAGGAGAAGGUGCGGCUGAGGGAGGUGGUGGGCAGCGCCACGGGGGUGAUGCCGGCGAACAAGGCGGUCACACGGGAGGACGCCCGGAAGGUGGCGGCCGCGGCGGAGAGGAACGCGAGGGGAAGAGGAGGGAGUGAUGUGGCUGAUUCGGUGGCCGCGGCCGCCGAGAUGAACCAGGGAGUCUGACGAGGUAGACUAGCUUAGAGCAUCUCUAGCACAGCAGAGCCCGUAAAAACGCGAACCGAAAAAUCCGAGUUCAGUGCACCGAACUCAUGUUUACGGGCCGAAAAAUGGCAGGCGCAAAACAGAGUCUGUAACGAAAACUUAAUGCAACAUAUACAACAAUGUAUCUUAAUUAAUCAAAUAAUCAUCCAAAUUAUUAUAA